UAUAUAGUGUUAGUAAUGCUUGUAAUAUACGGCAAAAUGUGUGGCAUUUGAGGCAAUAAUACAUAUAUUGAUAGAUAUAUUGAGAGACAAAGUGUGUGAGCAAUGAAUGUAUGAAUGAAUGAGUGAAUGAAUGAAUGGCGUAAAUGUUUGCGACGUUUAGACCAUUGAAGACAUUUCAAGACAAUUGUCACACAAACCGGACUAACAUAGACUACAUUUGUUGUAAACCAGUCAUUGACUGAUUCGUUACACAAACGCUAAUCAUUGAAACAAACAGUCAAUUGAUUUAUACUGAUUGCCGAAGACAUGACUACUCCCAACACAGACUCACUGCCGAGUGAGCUCUUAAAAGACGGUAUUGUCGAAGUUCGCGGAGAUAACGGAGCCUUUUAUAAGGCAUUCAUUGUUGAUGUGGACGACAAUACCGCCGAUAGUGAUACCGGUGUUGAAACCGAAUCGACGGCGACGACGACGACAACAGCAACAACAACGGCUGCAGCGGCGGCGGCAACCAAUUCGGUGACCACUUCGGGUGACAAAUCAAAGCUAACACUUGCCUUCGAAAACGAUUGGUUACCGCAACAAAAGUUUCCCAUUAAUAGGAUUCGUCUGCCGCCACCCACUUCACUGUCCACCACUCAAUCGGCCAACAGUUGCGCUAAUGGAGCCAAUAAUGAGUCGUCUAAUGCCAACACAUCAGUUGUUCCGCCGAUUGUUACCGAAGGCAUGGAAAUUGAAGUGCUUUCGUGUACUAAUGAUGGAGAACAGUGUGGGUGGUGGAGGGCACAGGUCAAGAUGAUCAAAGGUGAUUUUCAUGUUGUUGAGUACCAAAACAGCACCACAUCGGAUGGCCAAUCGGUGCAAAGUGGACCUAACCAUCAAACCUAUAGUGAGAUAGUGGCCAGUGAUAGAAUUCGGCCCAAGAAUCCUCACCCAUUGCUCACUACUAAUCCAUUUUAUAAAUUUGAAAUCAAAAUACCGGAUGACAUCCGAAGUAUGAAUACCGGUUGGUUAUCCAAGAGUGAGGCCCACAAACAGUUUAAACAAUUUAUCGGUGCGAUUGUUGUUCGCUAUGAUGAGGCCAAAGGUGUUCUUAUAUGUGUUGGUUAUGCUCCGCACGAAAAAACAUAUUUAGCAGGAAUUACACAGAAAAGGGCACAAAUGUUGAGUGAAAUGCAUUUCCGAAACAUCAAACAAAAACUGGUCCUUUUGUCGCGUACUGAAGAGGCGGCCAAACAAUUAGAGUCAACUCGCGGUCCCUUUGGGUCGGGAUUUGCCGGUACUCACUAUGGAGGAGCUUCCGGUCAGAACUAUAUGGUCGAAGUAGUCGUUGCAGAACACCUUAUGGGUCUGGCUAUUGGUGCCCACGGCGUCAACAUUCAAAAUGCCCGCAAACUUGAAGGCAUUACCGCCAUUGAUAUCGAAGAAAAUUCGUGUACUUUUCGGAUAAAAGGUCAGUCAUUAGAGGCGUGUCAUAGAGCCAGAGCUAUGUUGGAGUUCGCCGAGAAAGGUAUUGAAGUGCCCCGAACUCUGGUCGGUAAAGCCAUUGGAAAAGCCGGGCGUAUUAUUCAAGAAAUUGUAGACAAGUCUGGAGUAGUAAGGGUUAAGAUUGAGGGCGACACUGAAAAUGAAGCGCCGCGAGAACACGUGCCGUUUGUUUUUGUGGGCACCUCUGAGUCCAUUCAAAACGCCCAAAUCCUACUCGACUACCACUUAAAUCAUUUACAAGAAGUGGAAAAAUUACGACAGGAGAAGCUUGAAAUUGUACAUCAAUUGAGAACUAUUCAACAACACCCGACACACGUGACUCCGUCGUCGUCUAUGAAUAUUCAGACACAACAACUAAUUCACAAAAAUAUAACAAACAGUUCGGUGCAAAUGCACGAAGAGUCUGACCGUUCCGAUAGAGGCCGGACUGGAUCUCAAAGAGGUGUUCCCCGCUCUGACACUAAUGUCAACUCGAGGACAAUACCCGGUCAAAGAAACAGUAGUCGUGGAGGUGGUAUGUCUGGAUCUAAUAUAAGAAGAUAUAUGAAUCCAUCAGAAAGAGGUCCGGAUAGGGAUAGAGGUUCAGAUCGCGACAGAGGUGGACGAUCUUCACACCCACGCUCACAACCAUUCAAUAAGUCUCGUCACUACAAAGAGGGAACGCCUAUUGAGAACGACUCUUCGGCAUCCACUCAGCGGUCAGUACACCGUAACGAUAGUCAGCCGAUACCACAAAAAGGUGACACUUAUUCAAAGCCCCAGAGGACGCGUUAUGAUAGAAAUGAAAGAGUGGACAGAAAUGAUAGGACAGAAAGAUCUGAGAGAAGCGAUAGAAGUGAAAGAACAGAAAGAAAUGAAAGGAACGAUAAGUCAGAGCGAAACGAUAAGUACUCGUCGACCACACGAUCGCAACAGUCGUCCACUUCGGGAAACCAACAAAAACCCCAAUCGAAUGAACAAAAUUCGUCUAUAAAACAAUCGGUGCACUCGGAGGCCAAACCAAGUUCUGGCCAUCAAUUGGUGAACGGAAAUGCAUAACAUAUUUAUAUUUAACGGGAAUUAAGAUAAACCCAAAUCAACACUUAAUACUAAUUAACCUAUAGUUUUGUUUGUGUUUUCAUUACCGUAUAUUUGCUUUACUUUUGAAAUUGAUUUUGAUUUAAAAAUACAUUAAUUAAUUGAUUAUUACAUCAAACAUUUGUUUAUUGAAAUGAUUAGAAACAGAUUAUUAUUAUAUAUUAUUGCAGGAAAUGAUUACAUGAAUCGAUUGAUUUGACAAUUAAUUCACAAAAUAUAGUUGAUUUAAAAUUUUUGAAUUGCUUUUAUCGAUUUAGAUGUUAUUUAAAAACCGAUCAAACUUUGAGUUUGCAAAUGAUUUGUUUGUUUUAAUAACAAAUACUAUAUAUAUCAGAGACAAACCAAGUAUUUCAUAAAUUGUAUGAAUUAUAAGUAAAUCACACAAAAUAUAUCGAAAUAUUAAAAAAAAAUAAUACGAUCGCAACUGAAUAUGGAUUUACAUAUAAAAUGAUGACUUAUAUUAUACACAUAGAGGCCGUGCACUCAAUCGGACCUCAAAGUAAAUGUCGCUUUAAAUGACUAAAACGUCGCAAAUAUUUAUUAAAAUAACAAACACUUUGGGUUUGAGAGGUCAUAGAAGUGAUGGGUUGAGUGCACAGGCAUUCAGUGAUUUGAUAAUUGAAACUCUUUGUAAACGGCAUUAACGGCAUCUCAAUCUUUGUUUUCUUAUAUUAUUUGCAAAUCAGCAAUAAAUUGAAAUUAUUUAAUUGUAUAAAAAUUCAUUAAAAAAAAUCAAUAAAAAAUGUA